UACUUGCAUGCUCUUCUGCCUGCUGCAAGAAAUCCAGAUCAUUGUUCGUGUUUUGUCGUCCUGGACAUGCACGCUAGACUAGGGACCAUGCGCUAGUUGGUCCUAAGCUGGCCUUAUGGCUUAUCUUAGCAAAGUAAAUAAUAAAUUCCCGCUCGAAGAGAAACCAUCGCUAGAUCACGGGUUCUGCCCUCGUGCAGUUAUCUUCUUUUCGUGUAUUCCGCUUAACGUCACUAGCACUCGCAACAGCAUGACUUGAAGACUUUGAAAGUUCAGGCGCGAGAGGAUGUAGUUUGCUUGGUUCCUCGUUGCUUGGUGGACGAGUUGUGUGUUGAACCUAGCCUGAGGUUAUUGAGUGAAUGGCUGACCGAGCGGACGACUCGUACGCUCGCCAGCAUGGCUUUGAACCGGCCACUAGGAGAAAUCCGGACAAAGACAAGCGCCAGCAGGCUGGCAGAGUCUGGGAGGCAACCAAGUCCUCGAUUGGCCGCGCUGGCGAGAGGCAUAACGCUGGCCGCAUUCAAAGCACGCUAGGCAGCAAGAAAUGCGUGGCGUUCGUUUUUCCCGGGCGUGUUCCGGACGGCGUAGUGCGGGCAAAGCAAACCCUCUCAGCGUCACAGCUAUCGCACCUGGUCAGUGUGCUGCAGAGUGAGAAUAGCAAGCAGGGGGCCACGGCAGUUUUGUUGGAGUUCGAUGAGGAGAAGGUGGGAUCACGUGUGGCGCGUGGGUAUGGCCAGCAGAUUUACAUGGGCACUGUCGGAAAGGUCAGGGUUGUGUGGCCGGCGUCGAGGCAGGACUACGACCAGUACAAACCCGCCGAAAACCCUAGUCCGCCAGCAUCGGCAGCAGCAGCAGCUGAUACAGUGGGAAAGCAGCCGAAGAAUUCUCAGGCUGCUACACCAGCGCCGUCAUCUCGGCCAGCUCCGAAUGGCAAGACACCGCUAGCAGCAGCAGCACUGCCAACUGCAAGCGCUGCACGCAAAGACCCACCGUGCGUGUUCCUAGGCGGACUGGAGCAAACAUGCAGAGAGGCGGACUUACGCUCAGUUCUCAAGGCGUUCAGCACGUCCAUCACUGGCGUUUCUGUCAGAUGCACACAAGCUAAGAUGAAGGCACCGGGACAAAUGGUGACGUUCGCCUACGUCAAGUUUUCAUCCGAGGACAGCAGUCAAAGUGCACUUGCGUUCUUGAAGGCGCGUAGGCCGAUGAGGUUCAGCGAGUGUCGCCUGUACAAUGUUGCAUCCACACCACUGCCUCUGGCACAGGCUAGGAAUCCUGCUGAAGCAGAGAAAGAUGCCAAGCCCAGUGCUACCGGUGCUGCUGCUGCGGCGACUGGCCCGGGUUCUCUGCCUGGCAGGUCGUCAGUAAAGCCUGCGAGUAAGUCACCGUCGUCGCUUCAUUCGAACGAAGGCAUGGAUGCACCAGCAGAUUUGGCAGGGCAGCGCGCAACCUCUUCGAACGUCCGUGUAGCUGAUGCGGCCAAGCACGACGCUCAGCAGAACAUAUCCGCACUUCAUACUGAAGUCAGCGCACUGAGGCCACCCACCACACACAAGGCUUCCAGGCCAAACGGAAAUGGUUUGACUGGCUUGCCUGCAAAUCCAAUGCCAGAAAAAGCAGUUGGCAGACAAGAGACAGCAACUGCUAACAACAACAACAAUAGAAUUCAGCCACUGUCGUGUGUGCCCGGAGAAGCAAAGCUUGCCGCACCACUCAACAUCCUGGCAAGCAAGGCUGCGUUUGAAUUCGUGAACGAGCGGUUCCGUACAGAGCUUGCUGUCUGCAAAAGCCGACAUGCCUUGCAGAUGCACUGGCAGGCCGGGAGAGUAUCCCUAGCCGCAAAUCAGCGCCCGCAAUGCUACGAUAUCGACAUGAACAUGUUCCGGCGCGUUACGGAGAAGUUCAUUCAGCUCACGGCACGAGAGUACACACAUUUCUCCAACACACCCGCUGACCUGUCCAUGGCUAUAGGUGAAUCAGUGCUCGACUGCCAGGGCCGACUUGUCGACGAUAGCAAGCAGCUGAUGCUGGUAGGUUUGGACAGUGCUGUCACAUCCUCAUGGAAGAAUGCUGUGGAUUUUCUGCGACGCAGUGUCUGGCUAAGUGUGCUGCAGGUUGAGUUCCUUCAGCGGUUCAGCAAUGUGGAGAAGGAGCUGUUGAAAACGUUUGGCGUGAGCGUGGAGGGGUUUAAGCCGGGAUCAAAGCGCUUGCUGCUGGUAGCCACCGACGUACCUACUGGCAGCACGGCCGGCUCAGCCAUUCGCAAAGGAAAGGAGUAUGUGGAGAAAUUGCUGAGCGAUUGGAUGCUAGAAAAGAUUGAUGUUGAGCACAUCCUGUCGCGGACAGCUUCUCGCUUGAUAAAGCAACGCAAGCUGCCCGUAGUCCUGGCCAUGUUCAGUGAGAAUCCCAAGACACGGUCGUACCUGCUGGGAGGUGCUCCCUCUGAGCCGGUGAUGCGGGCACUGACGCUACUGCUUGACGGUCCAAGCUGUGACACGGUGCAGCUGCCGUCACCUCCGUUCACUGCCGCCUACAUUGGCAAGUUACAGAAGCAAGAUGCCAGCAUCAAACUGCCACAAGACAUGAGCCCUGCCUGCCUGGGAGAUGUACAUGUCGUGAACAGGUCAUCCGACGAUGACGACGGCGUUCGUACGACGGAACUCGAGAUCCGUUCCUACGUGGCUGAGGACGUCAAAGUAGCCAUUCGCUUCUUCACCAAACUGGCUGAGAACAUCGAGGACGAAGUAGCGUUGGAAGCCGGUCCAGCCGCUCCCUCUCUUGCUCUAUAUUAUCUAUCCUACAUUAUCACCUACAACGAUACCGCCAAGCAGGUGAUUGCCGACAUAGAAGCAGAGCACAAAGUUGUGGUGAAUGCCAGCACCACCACGCUACCGUGCGUCACGUUGCACGGCACCACGGAGGCCCGUCAAGCUGCUACCAACGCCAUCCUCGAUCACCCUGGCCUGCUGGCAGGCGUAGUAGCUAAAUAUGUGUCACUCCCGACACUCACGAUGGACAUGGUCGCUUUAUUACGCAAGCGAUUCCUAGAGAUCGUGGAGAGCAAAGUUGGCGUGGUGUGUUUGACAUUUCAAGCCACCGAGGAAGUCAUGGGGCUGCUAAAGAUGCAAGCGACGCCGCACAUUAAUUCGGUUAUUGUGGCGAUCUUUGGCAGCUCGGAGAACCACGUUGUGCAGGCCCAGAAGUGGAUAUCUAGCUUGGGUCCGGCGAAGCUGACACUGCCUCUAGACAGGGGUUUGUUUGAUAAACUGGAGAAAGAGAAGAGUGCCAUGGAGGACAAGCAUGUGGUGUGUAUCACGUUGAAUCCGGGCGAAAGCAGCGUUGUCAUCGCUGGACUCACUGGUGCUGACGUGGAUUUGGCCAAGCAAGCUGUAUUUGCGGUCCAGGAUGGCGCCAGCGUGGUAACCGAAGAACUCAGCGUGACCUGUGAGCAGGAGAUCAUGCUCAAACACAAGCUGGCCGGUGAGCUCGAGUGCACUGUGGAUCUCGUCGCCGGUGGUUCUGGAAAAGUUGCCAAGCUGCACGGCACCAAGCAGACAGUGCAGGCUGCUAUGGCACACCUCUCAGAUGUGACGAAGGGCCUGCGCGCUGUCCACAUUGCCGUCUCGUUCCCAAGCGAACUUGCCACGUGUCUGGAGAGCACCUGGGAGACCAUUCUAACAGGAGCCGCGCAGAGAAGUACAGUUUGGUGCGAGCGCCAGGAAAAGGCAUUCUCGCAUUCCGCAUCCACGCCGACAACGAAGCUGGACUGCCGCCCUGUGCUGCAGCUCCCGGAUUCGUUUCCCGACUUCCAGAUCGAUGGGCAAACCUGCUUCUUCGUGCUGGGUACGGACCGGCGUGAGUUCACCGAGACACUGCAGUCCAUUCGCAACGCUGGUAGCUCGGUUCUCAAGCAGCAGAUUAUCCUCAGUGGAGUGCAGCGAGACAUUGUCAAGGCACGCUUUGACCAAGACAAGGGCCGCGCCGAGGACGGCACGUUCAUGCACCUGACGGAGAAGGGCAUUCACGUGUGCGCCCCAUCCAUGGAGAAGCUGAGCCAUGCCAAGGCUGUUGUUGCCAGGUGGCUUGAGAAAGAGGUCACUAUUCCUGUCUCAGCGCUUGCCAAGAGACUGAUGCAGGCCAAAAUCGAGCAGCAUCUCACAACCCUAGCCAGUAAACUACAGUUUCGAUUUCACUGGCAAGGCGAGCAGCUCGAAGUGAUUGGCUCCGCUCUGAGCAUGGACGAUGUGGUUGAGUCGCUGCACAACUACCUGGCCGAGCUGGAGGUGGAUAUUUGCACACGUUCCUUGAGCAUUGCCCAUUGGCUCGUCCCACAGUUAAGCGUACCCGAAGCCGUUGAAGUCCUCAAAGAACUGGAAGAGACGAUGCACAUUGUGUGCCCUCCGGCGAAAGAUGCUGUCGCCGAGUACCAGAAAGCUGUACUCGAGGAGAUGAAGUCGAAAAUCGACGAUGGCAAAGUGCAAUUGAUGGCGGCUGAAGGCGGUGCGGGUGAGAGGUACUUCGUCACCCCGCCGAGUGCUCUUAUCUGGCAUAUGAAUGGUGUGAGUGAGGAGCAAGUCACCUUAGCAGGUCAGCGUCUUAGUGAGCUCUUCAAUGUACCUCUGCUGGAGUUGGAAAUGUGCUUCCCGGGAAAGGCCGACACACGGCUGUGCAAUCGCGUUGCCGAAGCCGCUGCCGAGCAUUUAGUGGAGAUCACGGUGUCCGUGAGUCGCGAUGGCUAUGCAUCCAGCGAGCUGGCCAGUCUGUCCGGCAUGUCAUCAUGUGUACUGACUGUGCGCGGUGUUGCACCUCGACCUAGACAGGCGCUGCAGAAACUACAGGCAAGUAUUUUCUCGUGACCUUCCGCAAGCCAGGCGGUUUCUUUCUUCUUCCUUUUCUUUUUACCAUGGGUGUGUUCGCCUACCUACAGGACUUCGCAUGUCUUACCAUGCUUAUUCUGAAUUGUUGUUGUUGUUGUUGUUGUUGUUGUUGUUGUUGACUUUUAUUUUACUUCACCUCUUGUAACAAUCAAAGUCUAUUAUAGCAGUUGUUGAGCUGUCUUCUGAACAAGGCCUAUGCACAUGUUUUCUCCGAAACACUUUGGAAGCUUGUCAAUGUAUUUUUUUAUCAAGACACAUGCGGCUGUCUGAGGGCUCGGACUUUCUCUCGUCACAAGUUCCUAUAUUUCUUGAUAUGUCUCUUGAUCAAGGUCCUUCCCCUGCUCUGCAUGCUCGCCGGCGAUCACGCAAGAUUAUCUUUGAUAUGCAUAAGUUGAGAGUAAUGAUGCCAGUGAGACAGCCAGCAAAGCAGCGUAUUGCCUUGCACCUAUUUCCUGUGCACAUUACCUACUUCUACUUGAUGAUACUUGCAAUACGUAGUCCAGUAUUUGUACUA